AUGGCUUUGAUGAAUGGUUUGGAUAUUACAGCAGCUGAUGCCUGCUUUGGACAAGCAGUUGUGCAAGCCAUCAUAGGGGAGACAGAGUCUACGCCUACUGUAGCACUCGCAAGAACCACAGAGCCUUUUAAGAUCCCAGUGGUCAUUCAAUCUUUAAAAAAGGUAAAUUUUUCCACCAGAUUGGGAGAACAGGUUUGGUUUGACAGUACUGGAGCAAUGGCAGCAAAAUAUGAUGUUGUGAAUUGGCAACGGGGGUUUGAUGGAGAAGUGCAGUUUAAGGUUGUGGGCUAUUAUGAUGCCUCACUGCCAACCGGACAACAAUUUGUCCUGAAUGAAAAAAAGAUUGUCUGGGCUGCAGAGACAAGAGAGAAGCCAAGGUCUGUGUGCAGUGAGAGCUGUCCUCCAGGAACCAGGAAAGCUGCACAUAAAGGAAGGCCUGUCUGCUGUUAUGACUGUAUACCAUGUGCAGAGGGAGAGAUCAGUAACCAGACAGAUUCAAAUAACUGUGAGCAGUGUCCAGGAGAAUAUUGGUCUAAUGCUGACAGGGAUAAAUGUGUGUUAAAGGUCAUAGAGUUUCUUUCAUAUACAGAGGUUAUGGGAGUAGUACUGGUAUUUUUUUCUUUGUUUGGAGCAAUAUUAACUGUGUUAGUAGCUGUUUUAUUUCUAAUAGAAAAGGAGACACCCAUUGUUAAGGCCAAUAACUCUGAGCUGAGCUUCCUGCUGCUGUUCUCUCUGACUCUGUGCUUCCUCUGUUCACUUACUUUCAUUGGAAGGCCUUCUGAGUGGUCCUGUAUGCUGCGUCACCCAGCCUUUGGGAUCACCUUUGUUCUCUGUAUCUCUUGUGUUUUGGGGAAAACAGUAGUUGUGCUAAUGGCCUUUAGGGCUACACUUCCAGGCAGUAAUGUCAUGAAAUGGUUUGGGCCUCUACAGCAGAGACUCAGUGUACUUGUCUUCACUCUCAUACAGGUUCUAAUUUGUGUCUUUUGGUUAAGAGUUUCUUCUCCUUUCCCAUACAAGAACAUGAAUUACUACAAGGAAAAGAUAAUUUUAGAAUGUAAUUUGGGCUCAGCUAUAGGUUUCUGGGCUGUACUGGGUUAUAUAGGAGUUCUUGCAUGUUUGUGUCUUCUUUUGUCUUUUCAAGCUAGAAAGCUGCCAGAUAAUUUUAAUGAAGCUAAAUUCAUUGCAUUCAGUAUACUUAUAUUCUGUGCUGUGUGGAUCACCUUUAUUCCAGCCUAUGUCAGCUCUCCUGGAAAAUUUACUGUAGCUGUGGAAAUAUUUGCUAUUUUGGCCUCCAGUUUUGCUUUAUUAUUCUGUAUAUUUACACCUAAAUGUUAUAUCAUUCUGUUUAAACCUGAACUAAACACAAAGAAACAUAUGAUGGGCAAAAUAGCAUCUAAAUCACUUUAA